AAUCUCCGAUACACGUGGUAGACCAUAAUUGGUGUGGCGACUUGUUAACAGUAUUAUUUUGCUCAUCCACUCUAUUUUGCCACCUCUUUAUAAACCCUAAUUCUAUCCAUCUUUUGAUUUCGACAAACAAAGAAGAAGAAAAAACGUUCAAAAUGAGAUCCAAAGCCAUUCUGAUCCUUGCUUUUGUGCUAAUCACAUCAACCGCCAUCCUUGCAGCUCGGCCUGAACCGGAAGAGCUCAAUCACCUCGCCAGGGAGACAUCCCAGAGAGGCGGCGGCGGGGGGUUCGGAGCACCGUACUUUGGGCCGGGAAGCGGGUUUGGAGUACCCGGUUUUGGGAGCGGGUUUGCGGGAGGAUAUGGAUCCGGGUACGGUGGUCCGGCAGGAGGGUACGCGAGAGGCGGCGUAGUGAGGCCGACGGUGGUUUGCAAGGAGAAGGGCCCCUGUUACGGGAAGAAGCUGACGUGUCCGGCCAAGUGUUUCAAGUCGUUCGCCAAAGGCGGGAAGGGCUACGGCUACGGCGGCGGCGGCGGUGGCUGCACCGUCGAUUGCAAGAAAAAAUGCAGCGCUUAUUGUUAAGCGCCGCAGCUCGUUCAUUCGUAAACGUUAAUGAAAGCUACGCCCAUACAUAUAUAUAUAUGGGAUUACCUGUCUCUAUAUAUGUGGCUGGUAAGAUGACUAAGAUCGAGAUUAUAUAUAUAUGAUGCUAUGGUAGUCAGUUAAUAUUAGCAGCUAUGUCCUGCAACUAUGUAUGAACUAUGAAGAAUGUUGGUAUGUAACGUAUGAGUUUAGCGGGUUUUACUCUCUUUUUCCACGAGAAAUGAGAUAGAUAUUAGUUUCUUUC